AUGGAUACUUUGGUGGGGGACAAGCAGCCUAGCGAUACUGUUGAGACAUUAACAAAUGAUGCCAGCAAUGAUGAAAUUUGGGAAAUAAUUGACAAAGAAGACGACGAGGACCUAAGGAAUUUGUCAGCUGCGGUUUAUGCAUUUAUACUAUUGGUCAUUGGCAUACCACUAUGGUGGCGAAUGACAGAAGUACAACGCCACUCUCUUCCAUAUGCACAGAUCUCGCAAUUGGGUACCAUGGACGUAAUUAUUUCUACAGACAUAUUUGUAUACACUAAAAAUCCAUAUGUAACAGAACAAAUUAUCGAACAAAUUUAUACUACAUUCAAUUCAACUAUGUUCAGUAUCAGUGCUCAUCCUUCUACUUCAUUAAUUCAGAUGAUCCUACAUGAAUAA